GCGGAGCGCUGCAGCGCGGGUCCAACCGGGUCCCGACCGGGGCAAGAGUCCGUGCGAGCCGCAGGAUCACCGUGAGCAGUGAACACACUCGGUGUUCCUCUCACCUCGCCCCCUUCUCGCUGGCAGCGUACCCGUGGGACCCGGGGACUUCACUGCAGUAAUAAUUGAACGGUAAAUGCUGGGCACAGGCAGCAACUGGGGAACGAGAAACAGAGAUUCUUUUUCCCCCAAGUCCAGGUCGUUUCGAUUAGAACUGGGAAAGCGCAAAAGGUAGGAGAGGCGGUGAGUUUGUUCUCGGGAAGCUCAAACACAGUAUCAGCAAAGUCACAGUGGGGAGGUGCUGUCCAUCUGCUCUGGGUGUGCGAAGAGAUUCACUCGAUCAAUCCAGCUGCUAAUGCGCCAACCACUUCAGAGAGAGACCAGACCUGCUUCCUUCAGUUCUCCUGCUGGCUGUACAUCGGUGAGUUCACGCUAGAGAGGGGGGGCGUUCACCCACCAAUGUGUGCGCAGGGAUUUACUCCGUUAUCCGGCCUGAUGAUACACCCGCGAGUUCAGACCGGGGAGAGGCCGUUCAUCUGCUCCACGUGUGGGAAGGGAUUCAGCCAGUCGACUAACUUGCGGGCGCACCAGCGAGUUCACACUGGGGAGCGACCGUUCACCUGCUCAUUGUGCGGGAAAGAAUACACUCAGUUAACCGGCCUGAUGACGCACCAGCGACUGCACACCGGGGAGAGGCCGUUCAUCUGCUCUGAGUGCGGGAAGAGAUUCAGUCAGCUGUCCCACUUGCAGGCGCACCAGCGAAUUCACACCGGGGAGAGGCCGUACACUUGCUCAGUGUGCGGGAAGAGAUUCAGUCAGUCGUCCAACUUGCGGGCGCACCAGCGCGUUCACACUGGGGAGAGACCGUUCACCUGCUCUACGUGCGGGAAGCAAUACGCGCAGUUAACCGGAUUGAUGACACACCAGCGAGUCCAUACCGGGGAGAGGCCGUUCAUCUGCUCUGAGUGUGGAGUGCGAUUCACUCGGUUAUCCCAGUUGAAGGGGCACCAGCGAGUCCACACUGGGGAGAAGCCGUUCACCUGCGCAACCUGCGGGAAGGGGUUUGCUUGGUCAAACAACCUGGUGAUACACAAGCGAAUUCACACCGGGGAGAGGCCGUACGUCUGCUCUGAGUGCGGGAAGGGGUUCACGCGGUCUUACGAGCUGCUCAUCCACCAGCGGGUUCACACUGGGGAGAGGCCGUUCAUCUGCUCGACGUGUGGGAGGGGGUUCAUCCACUCGUCCCAGCUGCGGGUGCACCAGCGAGUUCACUCCGCGGAGCGCCUGUUCCCCUGCUCGACGUGCGGGAAGGGAUUCCACCGAUCAACGGACCUGCUGAACCACCAGCGGAUUCACACUCGCAGGAAGCUUUCGGAUCGGCAGCGGCCGGUAGUCGAUCGGGUUCAAGUUGCGGGUCGCGGCUGGGGUGAGAACCGUGCGAGCGGCGGAAUAACUGGGGCCAGUCAUCACACUGAGCGGUCUGGACGUUUCUCUCACUUCGCCCCACUUCCCGCUCGCAGCCUACCCGGGGACUUCCCUGCGUUAAUAACUCUCACCGCACAAGGAUUGACUCCGUUAUCCAGCCUGAUGACACACCAGACAGGGGAGAGACCAUUCAUCUGCUCCACAUGUGGGAAGAGAUUCAGCCAGUCGACCAAUUUGCAGGCGCACCAGCGAGUUCACACUGGCGAGAGACCGUUCACCUGCUCUGAGUGUGGGAAGGGAUUCACUCAGUUAUCCAGCCUGGUGAAUCACCAGCGAGUUCACACCGGGGAGAGUCCAUUCAUCUGCUCUGAGUGCGGGAAGAGAUUCACUCAGCUGUCCCACUUGCAGACACACCAGCGAGUUCACAGCGGGGAGAGGCCGUUCACAUGCUCUGAGUGUGGAGGGAAAUUCACUCAGUCGUCCCAUUUGAAGACGCACCAGCGUGUUCACACCGGGGAGAGGCCAUUCUCCUGCUCUGAGUGUGGGAAGACAUUCAGUCAGUCAGUCAAUUUGCGGACACACCAGCGAGUUCACACGGGGGAGAAACCAUUCACGUGCUCGACGUGUGGGAAGGAAUAUGCUCAGCUGACCAGUCUAAUGAUGCACCAGCGAGUCCACACUGGGGAGAAGCCGUUCAUCUGCUCUGAGUGUGGAGUGCGAUUCACUCGGUCAUCCCAGUUGAAGGAACACCAGCGAGUCCACACUGGGGAGAAACCGUUCACUUGUUCGACAUGCGGGAAGGGAUUUGCUUGGUCAAACAACCUGGUGAUACACAAGCGAAUUCACACUGGGGAGAGGCCAUUCGUGUGCUCUGAGUGCGGGAAGGGAUUCACGAGAUCAAACGAGCUGGUCAAGCACCAGCGAGUUCACACCGGUGAGCGGCCAUUCCCCUGCUCGACGUGCGGGAAGGGAUUCCGUCAGUCCACUGACCUGCUGAACCACCAGCGAAUUCACACUCGCGUUCACACGGGGGAGAAACCGUUCACGUGCUUAACGUGUGGGAAGGAGUAUGCCCAGUUAACCGGAUUGAUGAUGCACCAGCGAGUCCACACCGGGGAGAGGCCAUUCAUCUGCUCUGAGUGUGGACUGCGAUUCACUCGGUCAUCCCAGUUGAAGGGGCACCAGCGAGUCCACACUGGGGAGAAGCCGUUCACCUGCGCAACCUGCGGGAAGGGGUUUGCUUGGUCAAACAACCUGGGAUUCACGAGAUCAAACGAGCUGGUCAUACACCAGCGGGUUCACACUGGGGAGAGGCCGUUCAUCUGCUCGACGUGUGGGAGGGGGUUCACCCAUUCAUCCAUAUUGCGGGCGCACCAGCGAAUUCACACCGGCGAGCGGCCGUUCCCCUGUUCAACGUGCGGGAAGCGAUUCCCGUGGGAAGGGAUUCACUCAGUUGUCCCAUUUACAGGCGCACCAGCGAGCUCAGACUGGGGAGAAACCAUUCUCCGGCUCAACGUGCGGAAAGAGUUUCACUCAGUUGCCCCAAGUCCAGAAACGCCAGCAGAUUCAGACAGGGAAAGGCCUUUCAUCUGUUCUAUGUGUGGAAAGGCAUUCACUCAAUUACCCAGCCUGAUGACGCACCAGCAAGUUCACACUGGCGAGAGGCCGUUCACCUGCUCAGAGUGCGGUAAGAGUUUCACCCGGACUCUACACCUGAAGGCACACCAGCGAGUUCACACUGGUGAGAAACCGUUCUCCUGCUCCACGUGUGGACGGAGAUUCACCCAGUCGUCCAAUUUACAGGCUCACCAGCGAGUUCACACUGGGGAGAGGCCGUACUCCUGCUCGGUGUGUGGAAAGAGCUUCACGCAGCUGUCCGGUUUGCAGACGCACCAGCAAGUUCACACUGGGGCCAGGCCAUUUAUCUGCUCGACGUGUGGGAAGAGAUUUGCCUCGUCAAGCAACCUGGUGAUACACAAGCGCGUUCACACAGGGGAGAGGCCGUUCAACUGCUCUGAGUGUGGGAAGGGGUUCACCAGUUCGUCGGACCUGUUGCAACACCAGCGAUAUCAUACUGUGGAUCGGCCGUUUAUCUGCUCCACGUGCGGGAAGGGAUUCAUUCGCUCAUGUGAGCUGAAGGUGCACCAGCGUGUUCACACCGGGGAGAGGCCGUUCUCCUGCUCCGAGUGUGGUGUGAGAUUCACUCAGUCUUCCCAUCUGCAGGCGCACCAGCGAGUUCACAAGGGGGAGAGGCCAUUUUUCUGCUCAGUGUGUGGGAAGGGAUUCAUUCAGUCAUCCCAGCUGUUGGUUCACCAGCGAGUUCACAAUGGCGAGAGGCCAUUCAUCUGCUCAAAUUGUGGGAAAGGAUUCAUUCAGUCCUGCGAAUUGAAGGUACACCAGAGAGUUCACACUGGGGAGAAGCCGUUCUCCUGCUCAACGUGUGGAAAGAGAUUCACUCGGUCAUUCAAUUUACGGUCACACCAGCGAGUUCACACUGGGGAGAAGCCGUUCUCCUGCUCAACGUGUGGAAAGAGAUUCACUCGUUCAUCCAAUUUGCAGACACACCAGCGAAUUCACACUGGGGAGAAGCCGUUCUCCUGCUCUGAGUGUGGGAAGGGGUUCAGUCAGUCGUGCGAUUUGAAGAUACAUCAGCGAAUUCACACUGGGGAGAGGCCCUACUCCUGCACUGAGUGUCGGAAGGGAUUCGCCCGCUUGUCUAACCUGCUGGCACACCAGCGAGUUCACACUGGGGAGAGGCCCUUCACCUGCUCUGAGUGUGGGAAGACAUUCACCCAGUCAGCCAUCCUAAAAACACACCAGCGACUUCACACUGGGGAGAGGCCGUUCAUCUGCUCUGAGUGCGGGAAAGGAUUUACUUGCUCAUCUCGCCUGCUGAAACACCAACGAGUUCACAAUGUGAAGAAAGAUUGAAGGCGCUGUGUGCCAAGUAUUCAACCAUCGUGUCUACUGAAAUCUAACGCAAGUUCACAAGAGUUGCAGGUGAUACUGGGCCUUGGGUUCUGCUGAAGUUACUGUUUACACCCAGACUGAAUCUGGUAAUGGGCAGAGUUGGUUUUCUUUUGCUGAUGUUCAUAGUCUGUUUAAAGUUUAGCUCUGUUAACGUUCUGGAUCUGCAAUUAACGCAAGACAAUUCUGUCUGAAAGACUUCAUUCAAGCCCCUUCCUUUGCAGUGCAUAUAAUGAACAGUAGAAAGAGAGGCCUUUCAGCCCGUCUGCUGCCGUUAAGUAUUUCUGCUCCGCACCAGACCCCUCCCGUCUCGGCCGGUAUGAAUAUUCAGAAAUGAGGCAGAGAACUCGGCCCUUUGACUCGGGUCCUCAGUAAUCAUCACUCACUUACCCCAAUGCUUCAUUAAUAGGUUUUUAAUUCUCUCCUCAUUUGCAUUGGCCGCACCCCCUUUCACCCCAUGGUUCUACUUGUCACCAUCAUAGCAGAAGCAAUUUACAGCGGCUAAUUAGCCUGUCGGCCCCCAGGGUUUGGGAGGCAGGAGGAGCCCCAUGCGGUCACGGGGAGAAUGUGCAAACUCCCGAGGUCAGGACUGAAGCGGGUGAUCUGGGGAUAUUUUUGUUUCUCAGUCUGUGUUUAUUCAGAUUCCCAGUCUGUCACCUCCAGCCCUCCCGGUGGUGGCACCUUAUUGAACUCCGUGAGUAAGAAUUUGCCCGGAAUUUCUGCAGCUCUCAGCAGAUCGGUGGCAAAGGCAACAGCUCACUGGGGGUCUUACCCCAGACAUUAGAGAGGCUGUUGGUCUGCGAGGUCAGGAACCUGGGAUCAGUCCACGUCUUGGAUACUGUCCCUGUGGAGGUUUCUCCGCAGUGCUUCCAAGAGCUCCAGUUAUCUCCCGCAUCCCAAAGGCAUCUGUCGGUAGGUAGAUGUGCUGUUGUAAUUUACCCCUAGAGUGAGGGUGACUGGUAGAAGUUAGGGAGAAUUGACGGGGACGUAGGUAGAAUUUAAGAGGAAGAACUGCAGAUUAGAAUGAGCUGCGGACUCGUUGGGCUGGAGUUCGUGUUUCUGCACCGUUAUCAGUUUGUGACGUUCCCUAACCACCAAGCCUCGGGGAGAAAGCAGUGGGGUUUAUCUCCACUCCCAGUUCUUUUCCACGCGGGGCUGUUUUCAUUGAGCUGAGGUACAACAAUAGAGAACGGGUUGACAGAUCCUGUGUCUCGUCCGUUGUUCACACCCAACACCCUCCCAUUGACAGUCUCAAAAAUUGGAUUGAUGUCUGUCCUGAAUGCAAUAAGUGAGUGAUCACUCCUGCUGAUCAGAGAUUAAGGAGAUGUUCUCAAAGCUGUAGAUGCUUCUAACGCCCUGUGUCUCUCAUUGAUUGAAAUUUGAUUAUAAAAAGAGCAAAGAAACUGAACAAAAGUUGGAAAAGACACAGAAAGAACAGGAAAAGGAUUAUAGUGUCUACAGUACCUCAGUGUUUCAAAAGAAACAACUUGCAGCAGAGCGUGAUGAUGAACUAGGUGUCUAUAACCUGCUGUACCCUUCCCUUUCACCAGGCACGCUUUCAAUAAAUCCCAGGCCACACUGAGUACCCAAGCAUCCUCCAGUGCCCUACCAAAGGUGGAGGCGCCCAGUGGCUGUGGGAGCUGGGGGUGAGGAAGGUGUUGGGGCGGAAGAGAUGAGUGAAAUGUUGUUUCAAAUGUACCCUGAGCUGAUCUCGUGGAAGCUCUAAGAAAAUGUUUCCCUCGUUCUGUAGAUAGUUAUGUUAAUAAAUAUGUGAAUAAAUGUUUUCAAAAGUGUUCCGGGUUAACUCCAGAAGUGGGGUCACCUGUCUUAAUAAAUGUUACUGUAAAUAAGCUGCAACCUAGGUUAAAGAAAACAGUAAACUGUUACUUGUGUGAGAUGAGAAGAGUGAAGUAAAAUUGUGAGUGUUCUACAGUGUUUCCUUUGGCAAUUCCAGCAUCAAAGGAUAAAAACUAUGGAACGGGGACUGUACUUGUGUGGGGCUUUCCAGGCUGAUCCACUACAGCCUCUGGGUAACAUUGUACAUAUUGUUUUAAAGUAGUGUGGCAUCUGUCAGAAGCUAUUUAAUUGGUAUUUUAGCUUUAAUUUUAUAUUUAAAUGAAAUAACAGUGAACAAUUACCAGAUUAAUUUAUGCUGACAAUGUCAUUGUAAACUUAGUUUUGAUACUCUCUGCUUUGUACACACCUGGAUUUAGUGACUGCUAUUACUGAUGUCUGGUUUAUGUAACAGUAUUCCAAAUGUAAGUUUGUGUAGUUUGUUUGAUUUAUUGUGGGGAGGGGGGUAUGGUGGACACAGUAGGGGGAGAUCUGGGGUUGUCUGCAAGGGUUAUGUUUUUCUUUGCAGACAGCCUGACCACCAGCUCGAAGGUGAAGGCAACUUACCGUGAAGGCAACUUUGAUAGCAGUCAGUUUCCACCUCCACCAGCACUGCAGAUGACGCAGUUUAAAUGACCCUGUACUGAAGAACUUGUACUAAUUUAAUUCUGCCCAUUGCAAAAUGCCUGCUGAUGGAACUGUGAAUGCUAUUUUUCUUUGGCUUUUCCUGUCGAUCAGAGACUGUUGAAAAUUUUAGUAGAUGUGUAGUGUGUGCAGCUAAUACAACAGAGCUACCAUCCCUCGUGUCCGCCCAAGCAGCUGUACUUUCUUCGCCGUAGCAAUAGCCUGCGUCCUUGCAGCUGGUGCUGCUGUAAACAUUUACAGUUUGCACACAUGACAAUGGACAUUCACGGAAAACGUGUGGGUUUCUCACCUUCUCUGGAACUCAAGAUGUGUGGCUCACGCUAAUGCGAAUGAUGAAACGACGAGGGGACAAACGAGUUCCCUUUUCCAGGCAGCCGCAGCAGAUCUUUAUGGUCACGUGGUACCCCAGUGUGAACUGGCUGCUGGCACUUUCCAAAUUCUUUUUAUGAACAGGCACAAUUAUAGCAUGGUCCAUCAGAGACUUUAUGGACUAAAACACACUGUGCCAGACUGUAAAGGAUGAUGUAUAUAAUCAAAAAUGAGACAUUCUGAACCAUAGCAAGAAAAGUAACAGCAGCGGUGUGACUUGCCAGGGACACAUCUGCUGCUGUCGGUACCUGUUGCUGCUGGACCCUCCCCCCCGGAAGUUAUUUGGGCAUCUCCAAACAGGCUUGAUGCAGUUACCUAAAUGUAUGGGUUGUGAUUUUGUACUUGUUGCUGUGUUUGUUGUCUCCAUGGGUAAAAGUUUAUCAAACUCAUAGAAAUAAUGCUGUAACUUUUUGGCGUACAUUCUUACCCAGUCUGAGAAGGAUUUAUGGAACAUGCACCAACUAAGGGACAAUUAUUUUAACAACUUCAAAGAAUCAUCAGUUGUUAGCUUGUAGUUUCUGUUGACUGUUGUGAAUGACAAUUGACACAAAAUUUGAAUGUACACAAGGUUACUAAUUGGUUAAUAUCCAUAACUGCUGGUCAAUUCUGUAUAAAAAUGGCAUCUCUCUGUUCAGAUUUCAGAACCAUGUGGUGACAGGGUCCAUGCUGUCCUCCUCGUGCACGAGUAAAUAAAGUAUGUUUGAG